CACCGCCAGGCGCCACUGCCAUCGCUGACAGUAUGGAAGACUACGAAAGCGUCUUGCUCGUUAAAAACGAAGUUUUCGUCUACAAAAUACCACCAAGGACGACAAACAGAGGUUACAGGGCUGCAGACUGGAAACUUGACGCUCCAGAAUGGAAAGGGCGAAUGAGAUUAGUCGUGAAAGGAAAGGAGUGCAUUCUGAAGCUCGAGGACAAGAUUUCGGGUGAACUGUUUGCCAAGUGCCCAAUAGACAAGUACCCAGGUAUUGCAGUAGAGGCGGUGAUGGAUUCAAGCCGCUACUUUGUCAUUAGGCUGCAAGAUGACAACGGCCGUGCAGCAUUCAUUGGUAUUGGUUUCGCGGACCGCGGUGAUUCGUUCGACCUGAAUGUUGCCCUUCAAGACCACUUCAAGUGGUUGGAGAAGACUGAGGAAUUGGAAAAAGGCGGCAGUGAUCCCGCUCAGCCACAUUUGGACCUCAGCUUCAAGGAAGGCCAAACAAUCAAGAUCAACAUGAACAUUGGUCAGAAAUCUGGCUCGGGAAAAAGCAGACCCAGGGCACCCACAUCUGGCAGCGGUGGAGGAGGCAUUGGCUUGCUUCCGCCACCACCGGGAGGCGUCAAAUUGCCUCCGCCAACCUCGCAGCUCAGCAGUGGCCUCCGACCGCCUCCGUCGAGUCCAGCCACGGCUCAGACGCCCGAGGGCAACAGCAACCCCUGCUCACCUGCCUCCUCGUCCUCCCAGCCUGCAGCUGCCGGAGGAGUGGGGAACUUGUUGGACCUGAGUCCGCCGAAGGAGAGUGCCCCUCCGCUUCUGUCCGGGGACGGUCCGUCCGGCAAUGCGGCAUCGGUAGCACCGGCAGCAGUCACCUCAGCCGACCCCUGGGGCGACUUUGCCAGUGCUCCCGUCACACCGCCGGCAAACAGCAGCGUGCCGUCGCAGCAGUCGCCAAGUCAAGGGGCCUGGAUUCAAUUUUGAGGAGCCAUCACGACGCCCACCAAAGGCAACCCUUCAGCGAAUGCGAAUGAACGCGCAGUUACAAGGCACAUUCCAUUUUUCCUCCCCGUCUUGGCCACGUCGUCUCCUUCCUUUAAAACUGUUUUCCCGUCUCAAGUGUUCAGCUAAGACUGUAAAGAGAGAGGAAGAAAAAAAGAACCCCCUUCCUUCCCUGCUACCCAGUCCAUCUGUGGAUGGUUGUUUGUUGUACAUAAGUUAUAAAUAUUUAUAAAAAAUAUAUAUACAUAUUGUGGUGUAUACAAAACUCGCGUGCUGCUUAUUAGCUUUUCCUUGAAGUCUAGAUAUAGGAGUUAUUUUCCUACUCUUAUUGUUAGAAAAAAAAGGAAAUGUGAUAUGUCUGGCCAGAAGGGCUGUGGGAAGCCUAGCUCAUGCCUUGAUGGUGCAGUUUUUUUUUCUUAUUCGUUCAUUUUGAAAGAGGGGUCUUUACACUCAAAAUGUUUGUUCGUUAUUUCCUUCCCGUGCUUAAAAGAAAAGAAAAAUUGUCCUCUCUGUACUUAGAUAGGUGUACCACGUGUUAGAUAACGGAAUUCAUGUUUGUGCCUGGCUUAAGAAAAAAAAGGCUAUUGCUUAGAGAGGAAACCCAGUUUUUGCGUGUAUGCCGCGCAUGUAAGUGGCAACUUGAGUGCAACGAGAAGUAAAUGUUUGUAAACGAGAA